ACGAACGAUACGAGCGGUGAAUGUUUGCCUUCACCGAGCUCGCGUCUGUUUGUCUAAAAGUUUGUAAAACAGUUCAAAAUCCGCUGAAGUUUUCGUUUCUUUUAAGUUUUUAAGCGUAAGGUGUUAAACCGGUUCUAGCGGUGUAAGAACAAGCCAUAUUUCACAUUUUGCUUACGUAGAACGGCUUGCGAGUGACUCAGAAGAAAGCAAACAUUUCGCAAACCACUGCGAAACGAGUUGAGAGACGACGUAAAAUGUGCAGUGAGAUUAACGACAUCAAUGCGGAGCCAGUAUCAACUAAUCCGGCCGACUACGGAAACAACCUAAGAAUUAUUGACUGCAGUGAUCAGAUACGGGACCUGCAAACAAUCAUUCGAGAUAAAAACACCACGCGGAGUGAUUUUAAAUUUUACGCCGAUCGGCUAAUACGGUUAGUGAUAGAGGAAAGUCUAAAUCAGCUGCCAUACACAGAUUGCUCGGUAGUGACACCGACCGGAGCGAUCUACGAUGGGUUGAAGUAUCGAUCCGGAAAUUGCGGCGUUUCGAUUGUUCGCUCGGGCGAAGCGAUGGAACAGGGACUACGCGAUUGCUGUCGAUCGAUUAGGAUAGGAAAAAUUCUGGUUGAAUCUGAUGCGGAAACACAUGCUGCGAGAGUUGUUUAUGCGAGGUUCCCAGAUGACAUCGCCAGACGGCAAGUGCUGUUGAUGUACCCUAUCAUGGCCACAGGAAACACCGUUAUACAGGCGGUGAAUGUCCUAAAAGAUCACGGCGUUCCGGAAACAUCGAUAAUCCUUUCCAAUCUGUUCUGCACCCCGGUGGCUGCCUCGAUGGUGGUGAAAGCUUUUCCGGACAUGAAAAUUCUUACCUCAGAACUGCAUCCGGUGGCACCGAACCACUUUGGGCAGAAGUAUUUUGGCACGGACUAACCCUCUACAACCGCUUGCCACUGGUUGGUACUGAUACCGCUAUACUAGAUGUAACCUUCGGGUGCCACACUGCGUCACAUAUUUGUAACUUAUUUAUUAUUUAGUGCUUUUUUGCAAUCCCUUACGGUAAGAGGUUGUCGCGUCCCUUUUGUCAAAAUUUUGACUAGUACAGUGUAUGUCUCAAAAACUAGAACAAGUAAACUGAUAUUUAGAUACAGUCAAUAU